GGUGCUGUGAUAAACGACUUUGGACAAAAAUUGACUUGAGUAGGUGUAAGGCCAUCGUACCCCAAGCUCUCAGUGGCAUCAUCAAGCGGCAGCCAGUAAGCCUCGACCUUAGUUGGACUAACAUCUCCAAAAAGCAGCUGACGUGGUUGGUCAAUAGGCUGCCAGGUAGGUGAGCAGCCAGACCUAGAGGACCAGCAGGGAACAUUAGGCUAUAGUCAGCAUUGCUUAGAACUGAUCCAGUGGAGUGUGAGACAGUAGUCCUGUACCAUAACUGUCUUUCUGAAUAAUAAGAGAUUUAUUUAACCUAGGGCCACUGUGACUGCCAGUCUGUAAGGCAUUGCUGUAUUGGUGACUGCACUAGACACAAAAUGAUUGGGUUGCUGCUGCCAGCCCUGCACAUUUCCUGAGCAUAGAAGAAGAAAUUUAAGUCAGAUUUUUGCCUCCAUCAGCCCCCAGUUAGCUCUUCAGCAUCUUGGGGUCCCAGAAGGACAAGCCACACAGCAUCUGUUGCUCUAGUAGAAACUAAGUAGUUGGGUCUUUAUUAUUUUUUUUUUUUAAGCGUAUAUGAAUGUGGGUUAGAGUACAUUGUCGAACCCCAGAGCUUGCAUAUGAUUUGGCUAGUCUUGAUAUACAGUUUAUAGAGAUCCUAUCUCUUUUCAAUGCUGUAAUUACUAGCAAGCUACCAUGUCUGCCUGGCAUUUAUGUGGUUUCUGGGGAUAUGAAUUCUGGUCUUGUUUGAGUGGUAACUACUUUUAAUUGCUUAGCUAUUUCCCUCACCACAUCCCACCCAGCAGUUGUUUUUUGUUUGUUUUGUUUUGAGAUAGUCUCACUUUGUGUCCUUAAACUAUGCAGAACUCAGAGAUCAGCCUGCCUAUGCCUUCUAAGUGCUGGGAUUAUCACACGCAGCUCCAGCAAUUGUUACUUUGUUUGUUUUGGGGUGUUUUAUUUUGUUUUUUGUUUGUUUGCUUGCUUGUUUGUU